AUGUCCAUGGCAGAUUACGAAGAAGAACUCAUCCAUCACCCCAAUUCCCGAGUUCGAACACAACGAUUCAUUGAGCAGACACAGACUGCAUUUAAUUUCUGCACAAGUCCAGCUAUCGAACCCAACGAGGACACAGUGCAAGAAAUCGCGGCGCUCCGCCGUUCAACAGACUUUCGAUGCCAAAGCGCACCGCAACUUCUAGAUUUCACAGAGACAACUGUGCGACCUGGCAUGCACGAAGAUUGCAUUGUUGGAGGCUAUCUUAUUUUCGUCUUGAUGACCAAGACUUCUGGCUCCCGGCUACCAUACGAUAUCUUCUGCAAGUUAUCGCGAGCUGAGCGGGAUGAGUUUCGAGAAGCGUUCAGAAAGGCGCUAAUAGAGGUAUGGAGUUGCGGCAUAAUACCCAAUGAUAGGGCCUUGCGAAAUAUCGUCUGGGACCAACAGGAGCGAAAGUGUUACAUUGUCGACUUCGAGGAUAGCCACCUGAUAGAUGUGGAGAAGGAACAACCGCCAGGUUUCACAGAGAUUGAGUUCCGGCGCUGGAACAUUGACGAAGAAAGGAUUUUGAAGUAUGAGGUUUGCUCUGAGUAA